AGAUACGUUUGAAAAGUGAAAAUACUAAAAAUAGUAGUGGUCUUCAUUGUCGUCGUCGUUGUCGUAGUCGUUGUGGUGUUUCUCUAUUGACGGCCGAACAAACCGACCAAGCACCGUGUGUGCAUACAUGUACAACAUACAUUUUUGUUUUGUCUUGUAUUUCAAUCAUAAAUAGACGAAUGAGAAGCCAAAAAUAAAGAGCAAUGAGAACCAACACCACCAAACACAAACCUAAAUCCAUAAAAAAAAAUAAAUAAACCGCCAACCAUUUCCACAAGAUGUCGAUAGUUGUAUGGCUUUUUGGACAUUCUCAACUACUCAACUACAUACAGAGACGAGCAGAGAGACAGAUACAAUGAGCAACAAAGCACAAUAAAACGGCACACGAAUGAAGAAAUGUCGUUUCGUUCAUAAUCAGUAGCUGGCUGCUUUCAGUACGAGCUUCCUUAGUCAGACAUACCAUCAUUCAUUUCGGUUCGACCUACACACAACAUACAAUUCCAAUACAAAACACACAGACACACAAACAUGCGAUAUACACAAAAAAAAAACACACACACACACUAACACACUCAGAGAGAAAUACUAACAUGCGUACGUAUUCCAUCGCAUAGUGUGGCGUUCGACAUAAAAUACAGAGAAACAAAAAAAAUAUAUAUGAGCAAUUUACACUGAAACAAAUCCAAAGAUCUACUGUGAAAAUAGUUCAUCAGUAGCAUUAACCGUGUUCUCGGGGCAUUUAUUUUUCCUGCCCAAAAAGAAACGAAAUUACUAGUGAUUGAUUGGAUUUUUUCGGUUUGUCGAAAAUUUUCUGCGUUUACAAUUGAAAUUUUCGGACAACGACGUGUUGGUGUGCAGAAAAUCGACGAUUUUUCUUCGAUUUUACAAACAUCGGUUAAUUGUCUCUCUCAUUCGGGUCCAAUCAUUCAGUGUGUGUGAUUUUUCAACGACGAAAUUGAAGAGGAAUUUUUUUUAAAUAUAUGUAUAUUGAAUCGAGACGUAGUGUAUGUGUGAAAAAAAUGUGUUGAAUAAAUAUUUCAAUUGAAAUAUUAUGAAUUUAAGAAUAUUAUUCAUUGAAAUGAGUUUACGGCCUGUUUAAUUGCGACGAAGCAAAAAAAAAAUCGAAAGAAAAAUAGAGUCAUUUUUAUGUGUGUAUGUCCAACGCAACCAAGUGCCUGAAAUUGUGUGUGCCCAUAUAGUAAUAAAUACGGAACUGAUUACGGUAUUGACAAAAAAAGCAACCAAUCUUUCUCCUCUAUCGAAUAGUUUGUGGAUUACUCAGAGAAAUUCAUUAGAAUUCGAUCAAAAUGAUUCAUGUCGGUGACAAUACAUGGAAUUUGCGGAUUUUUAUCACCGAUCUGCAAGUGGACAAAACACUACGCGUUCGUGGUGAUCUUCACAUUGGUGGAUUAAUGCUGAAAUUAGUGGAUCCAGAAAAUCCAAAAGAUUGGUCGGAUCAUGCACUUUGGUGGCCAUCGAAAAAUACAUGGCUUCUACGCACAAGAUCCACACUUGAUCAGUGUGGCGUGCACGCAGAUGCCCUACUCCAUUUUACGCCAAUGCACAAAGUCUUAAGAGUUCAACUUCCCGAUUUACGUAAUCUCGAUUGUCGCGUGGACUUUUCAGCCAACACAUUCAGAGCCGUGGUGAAUCUAUGCAAAGAUCUGGGCAUUCGGCAUCCGGAAGAGUUAUCGUUUUGCAAACAGUUGGAGCCACAGCAUUUAAAAAAGAACUAUUCAUCGUUCCCAAAGGCAAAGUUUCAGGCGAAUGAAUAUGAAUAUGGACGCGAUUAUAUUUCACCGGCGCCCGACACAAAUUCAUUCAUACCAACCCAUUCGACGUUGCUUACCAGCAGCAAUGGUAGCUUGGAUUCACCGCAUACCGGACCAUUUUCGUGUGCACCAUAUCAGCACAAUACUUACCAACCACCGCGUCAAACGAACCCAAUCAGUUCACCAACCGGCACAUGGAAGCACAGUUCGAAUGGUUAUACCACAUUCAAUGAUUCAACAUCAUCGUUGAGUGAUUUACAUGAAAAUCUAGCGGCUAGUCCACGUGCGCCAAGUCCCGACAUUCGAUCACGUCUCGUCAAACCGAAGUCUUUACUUGAACGUGCCCGUAUGAAUGUCGCCUGGCUGGAUUCGUCACUAUCGAUAAUGGAGCAAGGCAUUCGCGAAUAUGACACAUUGUGUUUGCGCUUUAAGUAUUACUCAUUCUUUGAUUUGAAUCCGAAAUACGAUCAAGUUCGUAUCAAUCAAUUGUACGAACAAGCUAAAUGGCAACUACUUAACGAAGAAAUGGAUUGCACCGAAGAGGAAAUGCUUAUGUUUGCCGCGCUACAGCUGCAAGUCAAUUUACAAAAUGACAUUCAACAACCAGAUUCGGGUAUUGAUACGUCUAGUUUGGAUAAUGCGGCCGAUGAUGAUAUCGAUGCAGCUCUUAGCGAACUUCAGCUCACAUUGGGCGGUUCCAAUGGUCAUUCAAAAACCAGCGACAUUACACAUAUUCCCGAGCUGACCGAUUAUUUGAGAUUCUUAAGACCGAAAAAAUUCACUCUUAAGGGAUACAAACGUUAUUGGUUCGCCUACAAGGAUUUAUAUUUGUAUUUGUACAAAUCAAAGGAUCAUUUCCGAAGCAAUCAAUCGGCGACAAUUGUCAUAAAUCUACGCGGUUGCGAAGUUACACCCGAAGUUACCUUAGCCCAAGGAAAAUUCAAUAUUAAAUUGGAAGUGCCGCCAGAGGAUGGUUAUGGUGCUAACAAUGAAAUGUGGAUACGAUGCGAUAAUGAGGAUCAAUAUGCAAAAUGGAUGGCUGCGUGUCGCUUAGCGUCAAAAGGUCGUUCAUUGGCUGACAGUUCAUACGAUUCGGAAGUAGCAAGCAUCAAAUCAUUUUUAAGCAUGCAAAAACCAGCUCAUGGACCAGUAGUCAGCAUAAAUCCGGAUUCGAUUGAUGCAAGUGAUUUCUUGUCACCACGUGUUUAUAAAAAACUUAAAGGAAAGGCAACACCUCGCAUCCUCGAAGCACAUUCAAAUGUCAAAGAUUUAUCACUUGUAGAUGCAAAAUUGAAAUUUAUUCAAGCCUGGCAAAGUUUGCCCGAAUAUGGUGUCACAUUAUUCGUGAUCAAAUUUGAUGGCCAUAAAAAGGAGGAACUGCUCGGUGUAGCACACAAUCGCAUCAUGCGAAUGGACACCAAUAAUGGUGAUCACUUGAAAAUUUGGAGAUAUAACACGAUGAAGGCGUGGAAUGUAAACUGGGAAGUGAAAUGUAUGAUGAUUCAGUUCCACGAUGAAUCGAUUGUGUUCUCGUGCCUGUCGUCCGACUGCAAAGUGGUGCAUGAAUUCAUUGGCGGCUACAUAUUCAUGUCGAUGCGUUCAAAGGAAUCAAAUCAAACGCUGAACGAAGAAAUGUUCCACAAAUUGACGGGUGGCUGGGUUUAAAGCGAUGCCAUCACGACCAUCCAACAGAGAGGACGAAGAAAUUAAUUGUUGUUUAUAUGCAUAUUUUAAACGAUGAUUUUGAAUAAGUUCAAAUUCUAGAAACAAACACACACACACACUUAACACGAAAUAAUAUUUUUUUCAAUCUUUUUUUUUCUUCGUAAUUUUUUUUUAACUUCUCCGUUUGUUUUUGUAUAAGCGAUUGACGUAAACAAACAGAAAAAAAAAACUUACACACACUUGUUGCCUUGAAUGAAGAAAAAAAUGAGUAUAUUUUAAUAGAGAUGAUUAAUUUAAUGGAUAGAAAAUAAUUUAUAGAAUCGAAUUUUUUUCAUAUACUUAAAAAAAUGAGAAUGAUGUCAACGAAUAUUCAGUAUAGAAAUUUUAUUUUAACGAAUUUAUGCCAAACUAAAACAAAAAAAAGGAACUUCAAUUAAAAAAUGGGCCUAUACUUAUGUAAACCGUUCGUUGUCAUGUUUAUUAAUGAGCAACUCUUUUUUUUUCUUAGAUGGAAAAGUCACGUUUUAUUUUCCAUUACUAAUAAUAAUAUUUGGAGUCAUUUGUUAUCACAAAAAUUUUGUUGGACGAAAAAAGAAGAAAAAAAACUUUUUCAGACACUUUCGUAUACUAAACAAUUUUACGAGAAACAAAAAAAUGCCUUAAACAAACUUAACUUAAUUUUAGUUGAAUUAAUAAUGUUUCCGUGUGGAAAGUUAUAUACAAACACAUUGAUGCGUUUUCGAGCAAUUCCUCUCUGUGUUUGUGGAAUAGAAAACAGAAAGAAAAAGAAAACAAAUUGGCAUGGUUAUACUUAUAGAUUUGCAUGUCUUGAGUUUUUUUUGUUGUUGUUGAAAAGUAACCAAUCUGCAUGUUAUUGUUUGUUUUUAACAGACCGUGCCAAAAGAAAAAGAAAUUAACAGAAAAAAGCACACUGUGUGGUUAACCUUCCAACGAACAAAAAAAAGAAGAGAAUUGUUCGCCUUCCGUUAUCUACUUCCGAGUUGUUGAUUCUAUGGAAUUUAUUUGUUUGCAUUGAUGUUUUUGUCAAUGCAUUGAGAAAAGUCCAGUCAAAAUAUGAAUGAAACCAAUCAACUUCCCGAAUUGCGAUCGAGCAAAAAUUGACCUUAUCUGUGAAUCAGAUUCACAUCACUUCAGUCUUAUCCUGCAGUUGCUUCGUUGGCCGUUUUGCGCUCAGGCAGCGCGUACGAGAUCAGGCUCAUCAAAAUGUAACACAUAUACACACAUUUCAUUGUAAAAAACGAAUAAUAAAAUCGAUUUUUGUAUAAAUAAACUUUAUUAAAAUAAAUGUAUUUACUAAAUUAAAAA